AUGAGAAUUUAUCGGCAGUCAGCGUUUCGAAGAAGUUCUCUGCUAAACAAACGACAAAUUCAACAUAGUCAGUUGACGUCUUUCCAAUUCGUUACUAAUUACAACGUUUCGCUUCUUUUGGUGGAAUAUGAUUCCUACUUGGGACCAGUGAACAUUAGUGACUCAUCUACAAUCUACGAAUAUCAAUCUUUUGUUAUGACGUUUAGGCAGCCCGUCUUGAGUCAUGAUCAAGAGGAUUUUAAAGAAGACAUCCUUAAUCAUUUGAAAGAGACUGAUUAUCGCGUGUAUCGAACAAGAUGGAUAAUUGUCUUUACAUUUGCGUCAUUGAGUUGUACAAAUGCUUAUUUGUGGAUAUCUUAUUCCCCUAUUGCUAACUACUUUGUCGAGUUUUACUCAACUAGUAACACGGUUCUCAAUCUCAUUUCUCUAAUUUACCCUUUGACUACGAUAGUACUUGGUCUCCCAAUAGCGUAUGCCAUAGAUCGUCUUGGGGUUCGUUUCAUUGUUUUGUGUACAGCUAUUUGUAACUUAUUGUGUGGGUGCAUGCGCGUUUUGAGUAGUGCACCACAUAUAAAUAUUUCAUCCUCUAGACGUCUCAUUUUGAUAGUAUUCGGACAAGUAAUCGCUUCUUUUGCCCAACCAUUCUGUCUGUUCUGCACAACCAGUCUUGCGUGCGAUUGGUUUCCCGACAAUCAGCGUACCACCGCAAACACUAUUGCGUCUCUUGGAAAUUCAGUAGGCAUAUUGCUGGGCAGUGCGUUUGCCCCUAAUUAUGUCAAGAGUUCUUCCGAUAUUGUUAGUUUCAAUUACAUAUCCUUGGGAUUGGUUGCUGUUCAGUUCUUCUUGUCAAUAUUUUUAGUCCGCAGAGGUAAACCAAUCACACCUCCUUCAUAUGUGGCGACCUUGGCUAUAGCUAAUCGUCGAGUCAACUCUAACAGACAUUUUAUUUCACUUCAUUCUUUAUGCAACUUUUUGAAAGCGUUUGGUCCACCCCUUAAGCUCUACGGAUUUUGGAUUGUUACAAUUACAUUCAGUAGCUGUAUCGGAUAUUUUACUGUCUUGUCGGCUCUUCUACAGCAAAUUCUGUGUACAAAAGGUUACUCCAACCAGUUUGCUGGGUUUUGUGGAUCAAUCACAAUAGUUGCAGGCCUAGUAGCAGCUGGUCCUGUUGCAUUGUUUGUUGAUAGAACGGGAUUCCUUAUUGAAACAUUAAAGGAUUUCAGUGCACCACAUAUGGGUUUAUGUGCUUUUAUGGUUUUAUUAUCAAUUGUCCAACUUUUCACCUUAAAGUUACCAUAUAAACGACGAGAAUGUUUAAAUUCUGUUGUAAUCACUGUUGGAUCUAAUAAUUAUAUCAAUGAGGCAAAUGAUGAAAUUCCAGAGGAUUUCUAAUGGGGAAAAAAGACAAAUAGUUAUAACACAGCCUAUUUAUUGUAAUUAUUUAUUUUAUUUAUCCAUUCAAUCCUUAUGAUUUUUUUAUGCUGAAACGUUGAAAUUACAUCUAUUUUUUUGUUUGCAUAAUAGGUAAUAUUUAUUCUCUAUUAUUUUUCUAUCUUUUAUUUAUUGCGGAAUUGUUGAAUUACUUUUGAGACAUUUCUUUAUUGACUGAUAUAUUUAUAUAUAUCUUCUUGUUUAAAAAUACAAAUGAUUAUUCAAUAAUGAACAUUAUGAUUAUUAUUACUGCACAACACAACAAAUUCCACACAAUAGAUUUCGAUUUGUUUACAUAGUAUUCAUUGUUCGAAGUAAGGUAAAUUUACGUUUACUUAGUAUUGUUACAACAUUUUUAAUGAAUUAAUAUAAUUUUAUUGAUAUAGCUGCAAACUUUCGAUAUUUAUGAUUAAUUGUCGAUAUAACCUUGGUUAUCCUUUUAGAAAAACGUAACGCAUAGAUAUCUUUAUCUCGUAUUUUUAAUGUAGACCAUUAGCCAAAUCCAAAUUCAUGUGUAAUUGGCUCUGCAACAUAUAUCUUAUCUAAGAGAUGGUAAGGAUGCCGAAACUCAAGAAGUGAUUCUGAGUAUUUAGAAGUCAAGUUCUUCAAUCGCCAAAAUGUCAUAUUUUCCCGCGGAAAUUUGAUAACUAACUUCUGAUUAACAGUCAAACUAUUCGAGGAAUGUAGUUUGUCUAAAAAUUUUAGUGGCAAGAUACGAUAUUGUUAAGCAUUUGAUCUCAUAUUUAAAAGUAACUCUCUCAGAUUUAUUCAUUGGAACGUUUUGAUUGAUGUUGCUCAUCAAUCAUUACAACCUUUAUGAAACUUGUAAAUUUGUAACGAAUUCAAAUGUGAAGCAUUUUACUGCGAUGGAUAUACUACAAUAAGCUAUCUAGCUUUUACACCUAUCUUUGUGGACUGGACUGUUAUCUCAAGAAAUAAAGACAUAAAUGUUAAAUAAAGCAUAAACUUAAGAUAAAUGAAUUCAGAGAAAUCUGGUCAUUUUAUCGGUCCCCUCCUCUCCCACAUAUCUAAGAUGUGCAGCUAUUAGUCGAGCACAUGAACACGUUUCCCGGUUAUUGACUCACGUUAAACCAAAUCAACGCACAGUAUGUGGGUUCAGGUUCAAACGUUAGACGGAGUCAUCUCGCGGAAAUUACAAUUGAACAGAAUAUGAAAUAUUGAAAUAGGAUUGGUAUGGAUGCAUUUUAUUACUUUUGCCUAUCUUAAUAAUCAAUGAAUUAAUAGAUUGUUUAUCAUGAUAUUUAUUAAAGUGUAUAUUAAAUACCGACAAGAGGAUCAAGCAAUCUUUCGGUAUUUAAUUCACUUUGGACUAUAAUCCGUAUAAAUAUACAAUUAUUACGGUUUAAUUCCAUGAGAAAAUUUAUAACAAAGAUAUAUAUAAAUUUUAAUAACUGGAAUUACCUUGGUUUGUCGGGACAAAUAUUGUAACCAUUAACUUUCAGUCGUGAAAAUCUUAACAAUAGCUAUAGAAUGUCUUCUGAACCAGAUACCGAUUUUCCUGGAGCCAUUCUCCUAAAUCUCGAUAAAAGUUCCUUUGAAGCACUUUUAUUAAUUUAAAAGGAAUUCAACACCUUUAUAUAUUGGUUCUAAACUAAACCCUAGAAAUGCUUUGUACCUAUAAUCUGUAUUUGAAUUACAACGCUUCUAAAUUGUUUUAUUUAGUACAUGCAGAUGUAUUUUAAGCUGAAUAGGUAAAAUUAAUAUAAACAGAAUUAAUUAAAGGAAUUUUCUGAAGUUUUCAUGAGAACCAAAAGUAAUAAAACUUGAUGCAAACAUUCCUAUUAUGUAAUUUUAAUUGCUAUCCAAUUUUCUGAUUAAUUUCUUAUUAAGAUCUAUUAUUUUUAGUGGUUGGACUUUGUUUAACUAAGUUAUACGUUUUGUGAGGCAGAUUCAUGUCAUUGAUAGGUUCUAAAUAUCAAUUUUCAGAGAGAGGUUACCUACUGAAUAUUGUUGUCUGUUCAAUAUUCUCACUAUUAAAACUGUCAUUUAUUUAUAAAAUCUCUUUAUUUGUAAAAAUUAUCAGAAACAUGGACUCUCUACAUGACUUGGAAAAAUAAAAAAUGUAUUCUGCAUGUAUGUAGCAUCUGAUUCAUCACUCGAAAUUAUUUAAAAGAUCAUUUUUCAUUUACAGAAAAUUGAACACACACAUCUCUAAAGCAGUGCUGAAACAUUAGCAACAUAGCAUAGUGACAAAUUUAUAUAUGCAGAAACAAUAUGUACAAUUCAUAUUCUUAUCAUGAUCCCACCUUUGUAUUUCUUUUACAUUCCAGUUUACCGUUCUGUCCCUCUUUUUGUUUAGGUUACAUGUAAACUUAUCAUUUUUAUUUCAUUACGCCCAGACAUCUACUUCACUAAAAUUCUGGAAUUUGAUUCAUCCUAAUUUUAUUACUGCAUUACCCAUUUUAGUAAGAUCUUUAUUUACCUAGUUGUAAAAAAAUCACACCAUAAACUCUAAUUCAUUUUGAACUAUGUUGAUAGUUAGUGCUUUGAAGGAGGAGUAGUACGAAUCUUCUCACAUGAUUACAUAAAUAAACGAUUUGCACACAUUUCCAAAUCAUUUUAUUGUAACAGGUUAAAUUCACUUACCAAGUAUAGAAGUAUGAAUACAUGCAGAGCGAAUAUAUGUUGAUCAUUUCAUUUUUCAACAAUUUUCUCAUUAAGCUGUUUUGUACUAGUUAAAUUAUAUUUUUGACUCAUUAAAUCAAUUCUUGUUGAUUGGUCACCUAUCAUCAGUAAAAGCCUUCUUUUAUUUCAGACUGACUAAAUUCAUGGCUUCCAAACGAUUAUUUCCAAGAAUUGAAUGUCAGCCUCAGCGCAUCAUUAAAUCGAAUAAAACAUUUCUAAACAUUAACCUGUUUUCUAAUACAUUCUCUCUCGAGACGUGCUUGUUUGUACAUACAGGUUACUUUCAAUGUCAGUUUUCUCAUUAUUUUGUCGUAUACAUAUGAUAAUAUGUGUAUGUAUUUUCCUAGCAACAUUUAUGUGUUCUCUGCAAUAAUAAUUACUAAUAAGUGAAUUCAUAGCCAUAGUUACAAAAUAUGUAUUGUGCUUGGUGUUUGAUCAUACUGUAAAAUAAUAGUAGUGUAAAGACGAAUGCUUUCUCUAAUUGAAGUCAGCAUGAUAUUUAGUUACAGCAGAAAACCUAAUAACAUACAGUGUGACUACUAGGAAUUAUUACUAUUUCUCAAAAAUGACCUUUUUUACCAAGAGUUGAAUCACCUUGAUUUUGUGUUCAAAGAUUUAAAAACAAGAUGAUGUAAAGUAGUUCCUUCUUCGCUAAGAUUUCGUCGUUAGCGGUUCAUUAUUAAGGUCAUGUUUAAAUAUGCAGCAAAUCCAACUCGAAUAUGAUUGGUUAUUUCUUGAGUUUAUUGUAAAACAAACUUUAUUGUAAAAAAUUAUUAUAAGUCCUUUUUCUCUGAUUUACCGAUGACUAGAAUCCAGUUAUUGCUAGAUGGCUUCUGUAUUGUUGUAACUGACCUAGACCAAUAUAUGGUUGAGAUAGUUCACUGAAGAAAAUCUUAACAAUGAUCUAAUAGUAUUUCUAUUUCGUAGUUUUCUUAGUUAAAUAAAAAUAUCCCAAAUUGUAAGAAAUAUGAUGAAUACCUUCUAUCGAGCGAUAUCACCUGAUUAUCAAUAUAAAUACCAAAAAAUGUUUCAUUAUAAUCUGGAAUCACAAGACCAUUUAGGUUAAACUAAUCAAACUUAUGCAAUGUGUGCAAACUGAAUAUUACAAAAUCGUAGUGAGCAGUACGCUGAUAGUUUAUUAAUCAAAAUAAAUAAAUAUCAUUUACUUUUUCAUUCAUGUAGGCGGCAUGACAUUUGAAAUAUAAAUGUAAUGAGGAAAUUUUUCUGUCGAACUGGUUUAUCCAACUUAUUUUGAUUUAAUAUUAAUUUAGAAGUAUGAGACUCAUAUUCGUUGAUCAUUUUAAAUUGCUAUUAUAAUAGGAAAUAAGAAAAAGAACUUACUAAUAUAUUCUUCAGUGAUAAAUUGUUAGACCUCAGAAAGCAUAAGAAUUAAAAUCAGGAUAUUACUAUCAUAUAACCUACCUAGACCACGUUUCUAUUCUUUCUUUAAUCGGUGUAUAAAAAUACAAGCACUUGUGCCUCUAAGUUCCGCAUCGUCCUUUCCCACCGCGCCAUCAUUCAUAGAUGUGUUAAGGACAAACUAUCUUAUUGGGUCAUACUGAUGUGCAUUUCUAGGUUCACUUGCUCUUGUGAAGCAAGUUACAUAAACCUUACAAAAGAGAACGCUUUCCAAACGAUUCUCUGAAUGUUAUCUCGCUUGUCCUUCAAAAGGUGGAUGUAAAUCAAUCAACAGUUCAAUAUUAGAACAUCUAUCGAACUCUGGUCACAUGGCCUCAUCCGAGAAUUCCUUUAAAAUGAUCUUAACACUCAGACGAUUUGCUUUGAAAAGAGCACAUAAUGUCAACUUAUGCACUGAAAAGACGUUAGUAAUUCAUUAUUUUAUAUCUGAACUCUGUGUGCAAUAGAGAAACGUGCAAGUCAUCAUUCUUUGGUAGCCCUUACACUUAGUUUUCGUAAAUGGUUAUUUGAUUUUAUUGCAUCCUUCUAAUGUUUCCAAUCUUUUUAAUUUUAAAUAUCAUCUCCACGUUUUUAAUUUAUUCUUUACCCUUCUCAUAUUCGUCAAAUGGACAAUUAUCCUUCUUACAUUCGAUCUCAUCCUACUAUCUCGCUUCACUUUUCGAUUAUUAAGCAACUUUUUUUGACACAUGAUAUGAUGUAAUCUUCCUCUUAUCUUUUAAAAGAUCAUUUUAUUUGUAAAUUAACUAUAAUUACGAUUUUACAGCUUGAGUAAAUGAUAUCGACGAAAAGAAAUUUUCCUUUGCUGAAUUGCCUCAUCAAUGAUUAUUCAGAUUGGUGUUAAACAAAACAAAACAAUGAAUGCAACAAAAAUAAAAGUGGUCAUGUGAUAAGGAAAAGUGAUAAUCAGAAAAGUUUAUUCAUCAAAUGUCACUAGUGGUACCAAAUUCAUACAAAUUCGUAUUGGGGAAUAUUAAUACAAAGUUAUGACACGUCAGUUUGCAUAAAUUGUAGUUUUUUUAGAGAAUAUUACACAGUAGUUGAUAAUACUGCUUUUUAAAUUGUGUUUUAUGCUUUAAUGAAUAUCAGGAACGGAUUUCCCAAAUUAGACGUUUAAUAUAAUUUGGUAGUAUGUAUUAGUUAUUUAUAUCAAGUACUUAAAAAAACAUUACUGAAUGUGGAGAAAUUGGCGGUUUCAUUUUAACUUACUUCAUACUAAUAUGAAGUAUUUUUCUCAUCUUGAUUUUUCGAAAGUUGAAAUUUAAAUACCACACUUGCAUCUAUCAUAAGUCAUUUUAAGGCUUCGUGGUAGGUUAUAGACAAUAGUUCAUGAACUAUAAGACAGAUAUUUUCCUUGACAUAUUUCAUACUAAUAUCGCUGAAAAUUGUUUAAUUGGAGUCAUCACUUAAAAAAAGAUAGAUCUCAACAAAAUAAUAUUACCCUACAAAUGACGAAGACAUUUCCAUACUCAGCUGAGAAGAGCAAAACGAAGUUUUACAGAAACUAAGAGAAUAGAACAAAUCCUCAGACAGCGUAGCACAAUACAAAUGGAUAGAAAAAAAAACAAUCUUUAAAAAAAAGUUGUACGUAAAAACAGAAAAUAUUUAUCAAACAAUCUACAUAAUAGUCACUUAAAAUUUACAGAGUAAAAUUAGACGAACCUAUUUUAAGUCAACUUCUUAUUGAUGGCCGAAUUAAUAUAAACAGAAUAUUUAUACACUACCGACAGAUUCACUUUCAGUAUGUCUAGUACGCAACUUAUCGAGCCAAAAGAAUCACAGUUAAUACAAGAUAGUUUUGAGGAACACCAAGACAAAAGAAGAUAAACGGAGUAUCAGGAUAAAAACCAAGUACAAUAAUUUUGAAAAGCAGACAACUGAAAUUUCUCACAAAUAUCUUAUUUCAGAAAAACGUACUGCUAUCUACUUAUGCAGAAAUUAUAAUAGCACAUUUCUAAGUGGUGUUUUUGUCGAAAAUGGUGAUUGGAAAGAUAAUCCAAACUGUGCGAUCAAACCAUUCAGUUCAAAAUAUAUUACAAUAACUUAAUUGGAACUAUGGUGACAUAUAUUCAGUGAUUUUUGUAACAACAAAAAUAAAAACCACAUUUUUUCUCUAAUUUGUCACACUUUAUUUGUAACCACAUUUUUAUUCAAUAUCUGUUGUUUUACUGUAUCACUUGUUAAAAAGACGAUGAUAAUUGUUUCGAUGAGUGAUAUACGAUUCUACUACCGCGCUGUUUAAAAUAUAGAACACUAUCUACGCCGUUUGUUCUUCUGUUUUAUUGGCCACCGUUUUGAUUGAAGACUAUAAUAGUAUUAUAACGUCAUUAUAGGCCUUCCGACUCAACGUUGGACUUUUGGCGCGGAUUACUAUUGUAUAAUACUAUUGGAUUCCGUCUUCCUCAUUACGUCAUUGGUGCAGUCACUUGCAGAGGAACACCUGUCAAUCAAGUGAACUCAAUUUGUGGUCGUCGUUCUCACGAGGCAGUUCACAAGUAACAUUCAUUCUAUAGUAACUGUUAGUGUCUGUUUGUUUAAUAUACCUUUUGUAUUGCUAACGGUAUUUUGUUACCUUUGGUUUUACUAACGGACAGACACCUAGGUUUCUUUACAAUUAAAUUUUUUGGUAUAUCACUAUUAACCUAGUGUAUCAAUAUAUUUUGUGUAAGCUCUUUUUGUUUGAGAACCACCACAGAACUAGCCGAAAAAAAUAAGAUAUUAUUUUCCCUAACCUAAGACAAGUAAUUUGAUUUCAUGUACAUUGCCUAUAUUUACAGAAGACUAUAAACAUAAUAGUACAGACUGAUUAGAAAAUUAGGCUGUUGCCUUACAAUUUACAAAUGACAAACCUCUCGGCCAAAACUUAGUUAAUAUAUAUUUCUACUUUGAUGUAUUCAAUAAACAAACGGAAGCCUUUUUAUCUAGUCUUUUAAUGUCAAACUUCAACAAAAUAAUAUAUACUGUUCAGUUAAUAUCUCAAUUGCUCGGAUAGCGAUAUAGACACUCUAAGUAACUACUCUUUUAUGAUUUACAUUUCAGCCACUUUUGCAAUGUCAACAUUCAUUUUUGUUUGUAUGAAGAAGGGAGUUCUUCGAAUAAGUUACUUUCAAUCAGAUUGCGCUAUCAUCAAACUAACUUUGGUUGAAAAAUUCAUUUUCUUAUAACUCCGUUUUCUUUAAAAUCCUAUGAUGGAGUCGAUGUAUCAGAAUACCUGUGAAAUCUAUUAGAAUAAUAUAUUGCAUUAUUCCUAACGUCAUUAACGAUAAAUUCAUCGAUACUGUUAAUUUGUUCGUCUCAUAGUUGAUCAGCAUGUUCACAAACUUCCGAUCGAAACACCAGAAAUCCAAAUGAAUAGUCACACACACAUAACUACAACUUACUAAGACUGAAAAUACCUUCAUUAUACGUUGAGUUUCUAUACUAAGAAGUUUCUGUUUAGUAAUGUUGUUUUAUUCCUAUGAUGUAUUCAUUAUGUAUUCCUGAAUUGUACUUAUUGCUGUGGUUUUAUCUUUUGCAUUUCUUAAUUUCAGUGUCUCUUGCUAUCACUAUCUUAACUUUCUCAUUUUAGGUAUCCCUUAUAGUAUACCUGCAAUACUUUUUUAAAUGAAAAAAGACCAAAUCAUGUUAAAUCUCAUGUGUUGUGUAAUAUCCAUAUUUUUUUAAGAAGCUGUGAUAAAUGGUCAAAUAUUUUGCUGAGUUCAAUCAUUCAAAAACAUUUUCCUAUCCCUGUCAAAAUUAUUAGAGAACUAAAUGAAUCAUUAUGUGAAAUAUAGAGUAUUAUAAGCAUCCAUU